AUGAGCGGCAGCUUGGGAACGGUUGCCCACAGCAGCACCAGCAGCGGUGGCAGCGCGAAAAGCGGCGGGAGCGACGGCAGUGAGAGAAUAGCCAAGGUCGCUGGGUUGGGAAAGCGCGGAGGUCGUCAGACGCAACGCGAGGCGUUAAUUCACCGGGAGGGCGGGAAUGCCGCCGUGCAUUGCGGGUGGGAGGAUGCGAGCGCUCCUCGCGCUGUGAUGCCUGUGGAUUCGCGCGAGAAAGGGAAGGAAGCUGCUGCGCUUGCAUCUCUCCCCUCCUCCUUCCAGCCUCUGAACCAGUCCACGUCAUCGUCCGUUUCUGUCCAAGUAGACCCCCCUGCACACGUCAACACCACGUCAUCAUUCCAGCAAUCUUUGCUGGCAUCUGCGGCUGUGUGUCCUGUACCAGCCGCCCGCAACAGCUCAUCUAAAGGAUUGAUUCCAGAUACAGGGAGCGAUGCUGGUGGUAAUGGUAAUGGUGGUGGUGCUGGUGGUGGUGCUGGUGGUGGUGCUGGUGCUGGUGGUGGUGCCGUUGCUGCUGCUGCUGUUAUUUCUGGCGGCACUCACCUUCACCCCUUCCAUUCGUCGUCGUGGGAAAUCGAGCCGUGCAUCUCCGAACCUGCUGGUAGCAGCAGCAGCAGCACCCAUGUGCAUGAGACGCAUGCCAACAACACCCAUCCACAGUCACAGUCACGAGCAUGGCCAUGGGCAGCGCACCGUGCAUGGCUCCCCCCCUGGGCCCUCCCCUGGUCUCUCCCCGCUGAUGCUGUGCGAUGGUACCAGCAGAGCGUUGCUGAUCUAGGGUCUACCUUUGGCUUGGACUGGCAUCCAGGCGCGCACAUGAGGGGGAUCGGUGCAGGGGGGCUAGCAGGGGGAAGGGCCAGGGGAAGGGUGGUGCGCGGCAGAGGAACCGGAGCAGCAGGGGGGUUGGUUGGGGCGUUGGCAGGAGGGAGGUUGGUGCGGCGGCUGAGGCAAGCGUGGAGGAGGGGGAUGGGGGGAUUGGGAUGGUUGGGAUGGCAGGCAGAGAUUGGCCUGGACGGGGGGAGCACUGGCGAUGGGACUAACCGUGAGACCACUACAGGCAGUGCAUGCAGCAGCAGCAACAGCAGCAGCGGCAGCACCAGAAGCCGAGGCAGCGGCAGGAGCAGCGGCAGCAGCAGCAGUUUCAUCAUCGUCGGUGGCGGCAGCGGCGGAGGAGGAGGAGGAGGGGUGGAGGGAGAGGGAAGGGGUGGUGGUGGGGGAAGGAGGAAGCAGCAGUGGAUGGUGCCGGGGCUGGGCCUGCCGUUGACAGCGGACAUAGUGGCGAUAGCGCUGGUGUACUUUGUGCAGGGCGUGCUGGGGCUUGCACGCCUGGCUGUCAGCUUCUUCCUCAAGGACGAGUUUGGGUUAGACCCUGCUGAGACGGCAAUUCUGUCUGGGCUCGCCACACUGCCAUGGCUCAUCAAGCCUCUAUAUGGCUUCCUAAGUGACGGCUUUCCUCUCUUUGGUUCCCGCCGCCGCUCCUACCUCAUUCUCUGCGGCUUCGUGGGCGCCGCUGCAUGGGCCCUCCUGGCCAUGGUAGUCCACGACAAGUACUCCACUGUCGCAAUGAUCCUGCUCUCCUCGCUCUCGGUCGCCAUGUCUGACGUGGUCGUGGAUUCGCUGGUGGUGGAGCGAGCACGGGGCGAGGACCAGAGCAUGGCCGGGUCGCUGCAGUCGCUGUGCUGGGGGUCCAGUGCGGUUGGAGGGAUUGUGAGCGCGUACUGGAGCGGUAGCCUGGUGGAGAUGUACGGCACAAGGUUUGUGUUUGCCGUGACUGCUCUGGGUCACAUGAGUCAAAGUGAGCGAGUUGGGGGGGUGAGAAUGGGGAUUGGAGGGAUGGUGGGAGGAAGGGACGGUGCGGAAGGGGUUAAGGAAGGUCGUGGAGGGGGGGUAAGGGGUGCGGCGGAUGGGAGUGCGGUUGGAAUGGGUGAGAGUGAGCAACAGAUGCCCCUGCUCCGUCCAUAUGCUUCAGCACCUUCUGAUCCUGCAACAACCCACUAUUCUCAACAGUCAUACGACCCCCACCACCCCCAUCAUCAACAUCAUCAUCAUCAGCAGCAGCAGCAGCAAGUCCCAAUCAACCCCACACCUGCGAUCAACGAAUCGUCUCCUUUCUCCUCCCCUUACCCUCCCAACUUUGCCACUCCCCCUGCUCCACCCACCAACGCAAGCCCCCAGCAACAGCACCACUCAGAGCACCAUCCCUCUACAGAACCCCCUUUCACCUCCAGCACUCCCACCCCUUCCUCCUCCUCUUCCACCUCCUCCACCACAGCCUCCUCCUGCACCUCCUCUCACACACACUCCCACGCAUCAUCCCCCAUCCCUGCCAUGGAUGUGCGCGCACAGGCGCUGUAUCUAUGGGCCACUAUCCGUCAACCCAGCAUCCUCAUGCCCACACUCUUCAUCUUCCUCUGGCAGAUAACACCUUCCUCAGAUACCGCCAUGUUCUUCUUCACCACGAACCAGCUGGGGUUCGGGGCAGAGUUCUUAGGGCGGGUGCGGCUGGUGACGUCAGUGGCAUCGCUGGUGGGGGUGGGGGUGUACAACUUCUGGCUCAAACACGUGCCGCUGCAGCGCAUCUUCCUCUGGAGCAACCUGCUCGGCACCGCUCUCGGCUGCACCCAGUUGCUGCUGGUGACGGGAGUGAACCGCACGCUGGGCAUCAGCGACCACUACUUUGCCCUGGGGGACAGCCUCAUUCUCACUGUCCUCGGCCAGAUCUCCUUCAUGCCCAUCCUCGUGCUUGCGGCUCGUCUCUGCCCUCCCGGAAUCGAGGCCACCUUAUUUGCCGCCUUGAUGUCGCAACGACGACGAUCAAGAAGCGCGCGAGUCAAUUGUUGCGUCCUGGACUCUCCUCUUUCUUCACACCGCAUUCCCCCCUCCGCGUUCCUCCUUCCGCAUUCCCCCUUUCCGCAUUCCCCUUUCCGCAUUCCCCCCCCCGCGUUCCCCCUACACGCGCUUCCCCCCUCCGCAUCCCCCCUCCGCUUCCCCCGUCCGCGUGCUCCGCCCCCUCCCGCGGCGCCGACGUGCGCAUACAUUGCAGGUGGCAUGAGGGCGCGGUUGAAGUGGAGGCGGCGGGGCAAGGACGUGCAGAUUAACAUGGACCCCCCUCCCUGGGCCACCUCCGCUGCUGCUGUCUGCCGGUACCUACCUACCUACCUGCCACUCAUGCACUUGCUGCCGCCGCGCGCGCACAAGCCGCCGUGCUUAUGCUCUCCUCCGCGCACAUGGCGCCUUGCACGGCAGGACGCUCAUGUUGCACUGCAACGCCGUGGCAGUGGCCAGUGGCCACCACACACACACACACUCGUUUCACUCAUCCAUGACAGUGGCAUCAUAUUACACGUGGUGGAGGCGUCAGGCUUGCCUCGUGAGGUGGCGGCAGCACGCCUGCUGAAGCACGGCCGCAACGAAUACGAAACCAUGCCCGUGCCCUCCUUCCCGCUCUUCCUCCUCGCCCAUCUCUACACGCCCACACGGCUGCUCCUCCUGGCGCUGGUGGUCCUCUUCGCAGGCCUCACACCCCCAGAAGAAGCCACACUCGGCGCGCUCUGCUCGCUCGCCCUCCUCCUGCUCCACCUCUACGCCGAGUGGCGCGGGCGGCACUGCUUGGCGGCUGCCAGCCUGGCAGCGCCGCACGACGCCCUGGUGCUGAGGGACGGUGCGGCUGUGGCUGUGAGCCGUGCGGACCUGGUGCCUGGGGACGUGGUGCUGCUGCGAUCCGGCAUGGAGGUCCCAGCGGACGUGCGUCUGCUGCACUGCACGCUGCUCGAGAUCGACGAGUCGGGCGUAUCCGGCGAGUGGGAAGCAGCGCCCUGCCCCAAAGACGCCUCCGUCACCCUCGACCCCGCCGCCAAAGCCACCCCGAUCGGGUGCCAGAACAUCGCUCUCGCCGGCACCAUGGUCACCUGCGGGUACGGCUCGGGUGUGGUUUUCCGCACCGGCAUGCAGACGGAGAUCGGGAAGAAGCUCGCGUCUGUCUCGCACGUGCACGCGAUGCGGAUCGGAGGCGGAGGGGAGACCUCCCCGCUGCUGCUGCUGCUGCGCUCGGCCGCUCGGCAGAUUGCAUUCGCGUCGGUCGGGGUCAGUGUGAUGGCUGCGGCGCUAGGGGUGUUUCGGCAGCAACCGUGGCAGGAUAUCCUGCUCGUCUCUCUCGUGCUGUUUUUCGCCACGCUACCCGACGACCUGCCCGCGCUGCUCUACUCCACGCUCGGGGCCUGCAGCCACCGACUGGAAGCGAACGAAAUAUUCUUCCAGCAGAUGAAGGCAAUAGAGAACCUCUCCUUCGUCGACACCAUUCUCACGGACAAAACUGGGUGCUUAACGGAAAACAAGCUGGCUCUGCACGAGCUGAUGGUAGCAGACACGCCUGUGGGGGCGGAGGAUCUAGCAGAGGCGACGAGAGCGGUGCCCAAGACAGGGCCUUUGGCGGAGGACGGUGCGAUGAAUGCGCUGGGACGGCUGUUUGAGGCGUGGGUGUUCAUGUCUGAUAUGGGGGACGAUCUGCUGAGGGAUAGUACGGGGAUGAAGAGACGGAGAGGCACCAGCAGCAGCAGCAGCAGGGGAAGCUUGUCCUCUCUCAGUGCUUCUGCUGCUUCUGCUGUUGCUGGGUCUUCUGCUGGUGGGUUAGCAGACGGGGGGGCAGCAGAUGGAGGAGGAGUGGGAUCAUCUUCGGGUGCAGCAGAUGGUGCAUCGUCGCCGUCGUCAGAAGCGGAGUUCCUUGCACGAGUGGCGAAAGAGGCGAAGGACGCAGGAGCUGGAGCGGCGUUGCAGAUUGACAUUGGAGAGAGCGAGGAGCAGAGCGAGUCUCUGUUGGACGGCGGCUCAGUUUUGUCUACCGGCCCCAAAGGGCUAGCAUCAUCAGGAGGAGCAGCAGGAGGAGGAGCAGGAGGAGUAGGAGGAGGAGGCGUGCGCACUGCUGACGUGGCAGCCAGAGGAGGCCACGUGGACACGCUCGAUUGGGCGAUUCUCGCAGCAGUCGGCGGCCCGUCAGUGCUAACAAGCCUCCCGUACGAGGGUCUAGAAGGGGAGGAAGAGGCAGCCGUAGCAGCGGCAGCAGCAGCAGUAGCGUCCACGAGAGGCCUCCGACCGUUACACGACAUGCUGAGGCGGUGCUAUGAGGCCAAGGCUGCAGCUGAUAGGCUGGCGGAUACCCCGUAUGAUGCGGUGCUGAAGUGUGCCACGAGAACGUAUGCCAAUGUGCCCGUGGCGGUGGCAGAGGGGGGUGUGGCGGCUGCGGCGUCGAAACGGGGCAAGUCGGUGCAGCAGAAGCUGCUGGCGCUGGGGAGACGGGCGGCAGCACAAAACGGAGCAGCGACAGAGGCAGGCGACUCAGCAGGAACCACAGCAGCAGCAGCAAGAGGCGGUGGGGGUGGGGGGGAGGGCGAGGUGUGUGAGAGGGUGUACGUGCGGGGCCCGCCAGAGGUGCUGGUGGAGCAGUGCGGCAGCGUGCUGUGCCAUGGCGAGGCGGAAUCCAUCGCUUCCCUCCGCCCCGCACUGCUCAAACGCAUUCAGGAGCUCGCCGACCAAGGCUACACGCUAGUGGGCUAUGCGUCUGGCAGCACACCCGAUCACUCCAGCCCGCGGCAUUCCUCCUCGCGGACGGCCCUCGUCUCCUCCAUCGCCGAUUGCACCUUCCUCGGCCUCGUUGCUCUCUCCGAUCCCACGCGCGUUGACGCCGCUGCUGCCGCGCGCUGCUGCCGCCUUGCCGGAGUGCGCCCUGUGCUGGUGACGGGGGAUCACCUGGGGACGGCCGUGGCUGUGGCGAGAGCUGCUGCCAUCUGCUACCCGCACCAGGUGCAGCAGCAGGAGGUGCAACAAGAUGCGAUUUCAUGCACAGAGCGCCCCCCAGCGCAGAGCACGGGCGAGGAGCUGCGGGCGCUGGUGGCGGGCACGAGUGUGGUGGCGCGCGCGUCCCCCACGGACAAGCUCUGCAUUCUGGAAGCUCUGCAGAUGAACGGGCAGCUCGUGGCGGCGUGCGGAUCAAGCCUGACAGACGCGUCGGUGCUAGCAGCAGCAGACGUGGGCAUAGCAGUGGGACCGGCCCCAGCAGCGGUGCGAGAUGCAGCGUCCGUGGUGCUGCUCGACCCCUCCUUUGGUGCCGUGCGCUUCCUUCUCGAGGAGGCACGUGCUGCUCUCAGCAACCUAAUCGUCUCCACAGUGCUGCUCCGCAUGGCUUCUCUCUUCUUCUACACAUCCGAGCUCCCCGACGCCGAUGUCAUGCUGCACGGCCCGCGCCUGCCCACCCGCCCCUUCUUCGACCUCCCUCUCCUCGCAACCAUCGCCUCAGCAGCCAUUGCCACGGCCGUCGCCACCCUCCUCUCUCUCGCCUACUCCAUCCGGACCGAUCCGAGCAACAACAAUGACGUACACACAGUGGCAUUCAUCGGCUGGCUCGUCUCGUCCUGCUUCGUGUCUUUCCACCUGCGUACCACCUCCGAACCGAUCUUCCAAAAGGGGCUCUUUUCGAACCUGCUGGUGCUGCUGGGGAUGGUGGUUACCGCAGGGCUGUGCGUGCUGCUCUCGUUCUCCUCGUGGUUCCGCAGUGCGCUGCAUUUCCAAGCGAUCCCGCCGCUGGAUUGGCUCAUUGUUGUCGGGAUCUCCGCGGCAGGGACGAUCUGGAUUGAGAUGUUCAAGUGUGUUAUCUCAUUCUACCGGGACCGUGGAUACGAAGUGCCCAGCUUUGAGAUUGGUGAGGGGUCGGCGGCGGGUGCUGUUGCAGCUGCUGGUGGUGGUGGUGCUGGUGGUGGUGGUGGUGCUGGGGGGGAUCACAGGGAUGAUGGGGAAGGGGGGGACGAGUCGCUGUUGCCUACAUCCAGUCUCAAGAGCGACAUUGAAAUGACUUGA